UUAAAAAGAAAAUUGUAAUUGCAUACCCUUGUAAAAUAUUAUAUUACGACAUUACCCCCGAUAAACCUCAAAAGAAAUUGCAACAGAAAAAAUCGUUCAAAACUCCAACUAAACCCUCUCACCUGCGGCGUCCUCUCUCCCUCAGCACCGUCGCCUUGUUGCGACAGAUAGAGAUUGCAGCUCCGUCUCAGUGCGACAUGGAGGAGACUCACGAUAACGAUACUCUUCCAAAUAACAAUCCUUCCACUGUACAGGACAUAACUGAUGAACUAGAACUGAGAUCAAAGAAGUAUCUCAGAGGAGAAGGUGCAAAUUUGAAGGGUUUAAAGGAUAAAAAGCUCAGGACUCAGUUAUCUGCUAGAGAACAGUUAUAUGGACAAUCUGCAAAGGCUGCUGCCAAAACUGAGAAAUGGCUUAUGCCCAGUGAUGGAGGUUAUUUGGAGGCUGAAGGCAUAGAAAAAACAUGGAGGAUCAAACAGGAGACAAUAGGUCGUGAAGUAGAUAUCUUAAGUUCAAGGAACCAAUAUGAUAUUACUUUACCAGACCUUGGUCCAUAUACUCUAGACUUUACUUCAAGUGGCCGGUAUAUGGCUGUUGGAGGCCGUAAGGGCCACCUAGCAAUUGUGGACAUGAUGAAUCUGAGCCUGAUCAGAGAGAUUCAGGUAAGAGAAACCGUACGUGAUGUGGUAUUUUUACAUAAUGAGCUCUUUUUUGCUGCCGCUCAGAAAAAGUAUCCAUACAUAUAUAAUCGUGACGGCACAGAGCUUCACUGCUUAAAGGAACAUGGUGCAGUGUUGAGGCUUCAGUUUCUGGAAAAUCAUUUUCUCUUGGCUUCUACCAACAAAUUUGGGUUGCUUCUUUAUCAGGAUGUUACAAUGGGUACAAUAGCCGGGAAAUAUCGAACUGGUUUAGGACGUACAAAUGUAAUGCAAGUAAACCCUUACAAUGGGGUUGUUUCUUUAGGUCACUCAGCUGGUACAGUUACUAUGUGGAAACCGACCAGUUCUUCUCCCCUUGUCAAGAUGCUAUGUCAUCAAGGGCCAGUCUCGGCCCUCGCAUUUCACUCAAAUGGCCACUUAAUGGCCACUGCUGGGAAAGAUAAAAAAAUUAAGCUUUGGGACUUGAGGAAGUUUGAGGCUUUUCAAACAUUACCAGGCCAUGCAAAUACUUUGGAGUUUAGUCAAAAAGGUUUGCUUGCUUGUGGUAAUGGUUCAUAUAUCCAGGUUCUAAGAGAUGUUUCUGGUGCACAGAACUAUUCAAAGUACAUGACUCAUUCCAUGGUAAAGGGUUACCAGAUUGGAAAAUUAGCUUUUCGACCAUAUGAAGAUGUUUUAGGCAUAGGGCAUUCAAUGGGAUGGUCUAGUAUUCUUAUUCCAGGAGCAGGAGAACCCAACUUUGAUUCAUGGGUUGCUAACCCAUUUGAAACACCUAAACAGAGAAGGGAAAAGGAAAUACAUUCUCUUCUUGAUAAGCUUCCACCUGAGACAAUCAUGUUGGAUCCUAGCAAAAUUGGUACAGUGAAACAAACCAGAAAAGAGAAGCUAACUGUGCAAGAGAGAGAGGCUGAGAUAGAAGCUGCUGUUGAAGCUGUCAAGGGCAAAAAACUGAAAAAGAAAACAAAAGGAAGAAGUAAGGCUGGUAAAAUUAUGCCGAAAAAGCAAGAUGCAAUUGCCACUGCAAAGAGACCUUACUUGGAGCAGAAAAUUCAAGAAGAAAAAGACAUAUCUAGAAAGAAACAGAAAACUAACGAGGGAGUUGAACUACCAAAAUCUUUACAGCGGUUUGCUCGUAAGAAACCAUCAUCAUAAAGAUUUAAAACUAAACUUUGUCCAAUUAAGUCACCAUUUUUUUUUUUGCUUUUAUUGUUUUCUAAGCUUUUUAUUUGUAUUUCGUGUUGUAUUUGAUAUCUGUAGCCUUUACCCUUAGAAAUUGAUAUAUAUUGCCUUUCAAGUAAAGCAUAUCCAAAUUUUGCCUUUA